AUGACCAUCCUAGUCGGGCGACCGCUCAACUGGGCCAUCACGGCCACGGCGGGCUCCGGCUUCCUCCUUUUCGGAUACGACCAGGGAGUCAUGUCCGGCCUCCUCACCGGCUACGCCUUCACACGGACCUUCCCCGAGAUCGACACGACUAACGGUAGCGGCGGCAGCUCCUCGCUGCAGGGCACAGUUGUCGCCAUCUACGAGAUCGGCUGCUUCUUCGGCGCCAUCUUUUGUCUGCUGGUCGGCGAGAAGCUCGGCCGUCGCAAGUGCAUCAUGAUCGGCUGCGUCGUGCUCAGCAUCGGCGCCGCGCUGCAGGCCGCGGCGUUCGGCAUCCCGCAGCUGAUUGUGGGCCGUAUAGUCGCCGGGCUCGGCAACGGCAUGAACACCAGCACCAUUCCCGUGUGGCACUCGGAGCUGAUGAAGGCGGACAGCCGAGGACGUGGUCUGGCCAUCGAGCUCGCCAUCAACAUCUUUGGCGUCAUGACCGCCUACUGGGUCGACUACGGCAUGAGCUUCGUCGCCAAUGACGCCCAGUUCCGUUUCCCGCUUGCCCUGCAGAUCCUGUUCGCCGUCGUGACCUUCUUCGGCGUCUUGGUCCUCCCCGAGUCGCCCAGAUGGCUCAUCGCGCACGACCGCCACGACGAGGCCCGCCACAUCCUCUGGGCCGUCGAAAAGAACGCCAAGUCCAUCACCGAUACCGAGCCCAAGCUGGAGCGUAACCUGGUCGAGAUCCAGGUCGCGAUCCGCGAAGAGCGCGAAGCCGCCAACGCCGGCAGCUUCCGGAUGAUGUUCAAGAACGGCGACCAAAAGUUCUUUUACCGCACCAUGCUCGGGAUCGGAGGUCAAUUCAUGCAACAACUGUCGGGAAUCAACCUCAUAACUUAUUACGCUCCCGUCAUCUUCCAGGAGUCUGUCGGCAUGACGCACAGCCUCUCCCUACUGCUCGCGGGGUUCAACGGCAUUGCGUACUUCUUCUCCUCCCUGAUCCCAAUCUGGAUCAUCGACCGCCUCGGCCGCAGGAAGCUCAUGCUCUUCGCCGCGGCGGGCCAGUGCGCCUGCAUGGCCGUCCUCGCGGGCACCGUCUCCAACGGCAGCGUGCCCGCCGGCAUCGUCGCCAUCGUCAUGCUCUUCCUCUUCAACUUCUUCUUCGCUGUCGGCCUGCUCGCCAUCCCCUGGCUGCUGCCGGCCGAGUACGCCCCCCUCGCCAUCCGCACCCGCGCCGCGGCGCUGGCGACGGCGUCCAACUGGAUAUUCACCUUCCUCGUCGUCGAGAUCACCCCCGUCAGCAUCAAGAACAUCGGCUGGCGUACAUACGUCUACUUUUGCGUCUUCAACGCCCUCUUCAUCCCGCUCAUCUACUUCUUCUACCCGGAGACGCGGAACCUCAGCCUCGAGCAGAUCGACAGGCUGUUCACUGGCGGCAAGGUCCAGCUGUACUGGAAAGCGAGCAUGGGCACCCCCGGCGAGGGGAACGGCAUCGUCAACGACAAGGCUUUCGAGUCGGGCUCUGGAGAGGUCCACCGUGUGGAGAACAAGGAAGAGGCCGCUACUUUGGGUGGAUGA